AUGAACACGUACGAUGUCUCAGACUCCCCAAGGUUCAUACAGCUCUUGCUCAAGCAGAAACAAAAUCUUCAAGAUGCCCAAUCUCGCAAAGGCCAGCGCCCUCGAGGGAUAAAGUCCCGGGAAGAACUCAUACUACAGUUCAGGUUUCGACUUAUGAAGCAGGGUAAAGCUAACUCCAACAUUAACCUGCGAUCUUCAUUUAUCCCUCCGGCAUAUAGUCCAUGCAUCAGUCCCUCCUAUGACCUAACGAAAGUCAUGAUCGAAGACCUUCUCCUCGAAACUCAUCAUAGGGGCACCUACCUUCUACUGAGGUCAAUUACACCGCCAGAUAGAAUGACUGCCGUCAUGGCCAUUGUGGAAGAUGAGAAUAAAGAUGUUCUCAUGUUGCAGCUGUACCAUCAAGAGGAGGAGAAUGAGCGCGCUACGGAAGACAUUCUCGGAGAAGGAACAGUUCUGAUUGUAAGAGAGCCAUACCUCAAGUUGAUGUCCGAUGGAGAUCAUGGGAUUCGAAUUGAUCACCUCUCUGAUGUCCUACAUCUUCCAAUGUAUGAUGAGCGUAUCCCUAGCUGUUGGCGGCCAAGAUUUGCAGAGCAUGACAUUCCUGUCAAUGCUUGGAAGACGAAGGGAAAUGAAUACUUCAACAAAUCCAAGUAUCACUCUGCCAUUGCACACUACACCAAGGCCCUCGGCUGUUCUCCAACAAUGGAAGAGGCCCACACCCUCAGACUCAACCGCUCUCUUGCUUUUAUCAAGGCAAAGCAGUUCGAUGCUGCACUCUCCGAUCUGGAAUCCGCGUCAGCCAGUCUGAAGCCGACCGAGAAAGCUCUGAGCCGUAAAUCACUAGCACUUUAUAGUCUCGAGAGAUAUCGAGAGUGCUGCGAAGCUCUUAAAGUUUUUUGUCUAGAAUAUCCAAGCAACCUCGCUGCCCAAGGCGAACUGACUCGAUCCGUUAACCGACUCGCGGAGCAAGAAUAUGGUAGGUACCGGUUUAAGCAACUAUACAUGGAGGCUUCCAAACUUCGCCCACCGCAUUUGGACCAUUCCACAUAUGUUGGUCCGGUGUCUGUCAGAAAUUCUGGUUCCCGAGGACGCGGCCUUUUCACGACAGAAGCGGUCAAAGCCGGCGACCUUCUUUUGUGUGAGAAGGCAUUUGCCCAUGCCUUUGUCGACAAUGACAAGGAGGCGGCCGAUGCGGAUGUGACCAUACUGAUCAACGCAGAAACUGACUCCAUUACCAUGGGAUCGCAGGCAGAACUCAUCAGAAUGAUUGUCCAGAAGCUUUACCGGAACCCCUCUUUGGCCUCAGUCAUCACUGAUCUCCAUCACGGCUCGUACAAGCCUGUCGAUGUUUCUAGUGUCGACGGUAUACCAAUAGUUGAUACAUUCCUUGUCGAGCGUGUCAUCUCCCUGAACUGCUUCGGCUGUCCCCUCUCAUCUCGCGAGUCCUAUCUGCGUGCUGUGGAUGAUGAGACGAGCCAAAAGACGAAAGCCAACGAAGAAAAGUUCCACUCUUGUGGCAUCUGGCCCAUGGCAUCGUAUAUAAACCACUGUUGCUACAGUAACGCCCGACGGACUUUUAUUGGUGACAUGAUGAUGGUCCGUGCUACGAGGGACCUCGCACCUGACACUGAGAUCACAUUCUGGUAUCAGAUGCCCGUUGCCAAUAAUUAUGACGAACGCCAGAAGAAGUUUCGGCAGUGGAGCUUUAUGUGCGACUGCAGCAUGUGCAAAGACGACCAGACCACGAAGAAGAGCGUCUCAGCUAAAAGAAAGAGCCUGAGGGCUGAUAUUCUGAAAUGUUUUCAGUCGCGCAAAAGACCGGAUGCAGCCGAGAUCGAGACCCUCCUCACCACGAUGGCGGAUACGUAUAGUCGACCGGCUUUUGAUGUACCUCGCCUAAGCAUUUGGGACCCCCAGCUAGUUCUUGCAAAGAUGUACAUGAAGCAUAUGCGCCCAGCCAAAGCUAUAGACUCGGCGCUAAGAGCUCUGUCAUCUCUUGGUUAUGUCAUUGAUGGUGGGCAUCUGCCGCGCAACUCGCUCACGCCGAUGGUGAUCAAGCAAUGGGGAUUAAUGAUGGACCAUCUCAUUGAGUGCUGGAUGCUUCUUUCCAGUGCCUAUCAUUUCGUGGCACCUGAUCUGGUGAUCCAAGCAGAGGAGUAUGCCAGAAUAUCGUACAAGAUCUGUGUUGGUGAAGAUGAGACAUUUGACGAGACAUAUGGGAAGCUAUCACAGGGUCGAACUUGA